CCUGCCACAAUUGCCGACCCACGUCAACCCCCCAAUGCGCCAAUGAAGAACCAAACUAUCCUAGAGGAGGAGUUUGACGAAAACUAUGAGCCCACACAAGAAGAGAUUCUCGAUUAUGCCAAGUUUCUCGGUAUAGAUCCCGAAAAGGAAAAGCAUCUACUCUGGAUCGCCCGCGAAUCAUUGAAGGCCCCGCUGCCACCGAACUGGAAGCCAUGCCAAACGGAUGACGGAAACAUCUAUUAUUUCAACUUUACCACGGGAGAAAGUAUCUGGGAUCACCCAUGCGACGAGCACUAUAGGAAUUUGUAUGAGCGCGAGAAAGCGAAAGGGCCACCAAAUGAGCGUGGAGCGCCUGGUAAAACUGAUAAGCCGACGGAACUUGGGAAUGCCACAAAGCUUGGUACCGCCGGUCUGAAGCCUGCACUUGAAUCAGACGAAGAAUCCUCUGCCAAUAAAGAUGUGGACUGGGAUGACAUCGACGAGGAGGAUGAUGACAUAUUGGAUAAUCUUGUUCGCCAACAAGAUAUUAGUAAAGGUCAAAAGUCACAAAGCCGGGUGAACGAAGACGACGAUUUCAAUUUCGAUAUCAGCAGCGACAAAGAUGACCUGAUAAUGCACGCUAGACCCAAGGAUCCCAAGAAUAUGGUUGGCGUCAUGGCAGGGCAGGAACCCGAGGGAAAACCAAAAAAGACCAUUGAUGAGAUGGAGGAGCAGGAGCAAGAAAGGCAUAAGACUGCCGUGGAAGCAAUCAAAAGGAAGUGGAAGGCAGAGCUAGAGAGGAUUGAGAAUGAAGAAAAGACGAAAGCAUCCUCUGCGUCGGAUCAAAUUCGACGCAAAUAUCGUGAAGAGAUUGAGAAGACCGAAAAGACCGAAAGGGAGGCGGCAGAACGCAAUAUCUCUGAUUUGCGGACGAAGUAUGCAGCUGAAAGACGAUCCGUUGAGCAGGAGGAACAACGCAGAUACGACCAGGAAACGGCAGAAAUCAAAAGACGAUAUGAGCAGCAGCUGCGAGACUUUGAAGCCACGCAGAAAUCCCAAUUUGACGAACAGCAGUCGUCCCUGUCCCGGAGACAACAAACAAUGAGUGAAGCGCAGCUCAAGUUUGAGAAUGACGUUUCUGAUAUAAAACAGCGAAAUGCCGAGGCUCUAGAAGAGGUCCGAAAAAAUGAGCUCGCAAAAUAUAACCAGGAAUUGACAAAGUUGAAGGAAGAAUUUGCAGAGAAGCGGGCAGCAAUGGAGAGGGAUGAGCGAACCAAACUUGACAAACAGAUGGCGGACCUCAAAGAGCAGUUGCAAGAUGAACUUGAGCGAAAACUUUCGAAAGAACGAAGUGCGGCGGAAAAGAAGGUCAAGGAAGAGCAUCAGGAGAACCUUGAUGCGCUGAUUCGACGGCUCUCUCAAGAAAGGGAGGUGAAAGAAAAAGACAUGAGCGAGUCUUAUGAGAGGGAAACUGCACUACGAACAAGUAGGCUACGCCAGGAUCUCGUCGAGCAAAAUGACGCUGCACUAGAGGAGGAACGUGUGCGACAGCGGGAAAAAUUGGAGCGCCUUAAGGGAGAAUGGGAAGCGAAGAUCCGGACCCUAGAAGCUGAGGUGAAUCGCAAAGAAAAGGGCCUCAAAGCUCGUAGUAGCGCUCUAGAUGCCGGCAGCAGGCAAGAGGCUGAACUAGCAGCUCUACAGUCCGAGAGCGAACUGCAACUAGAGCAGCAGCGAAAUCAGAAGGAGCAGUUGGACAGAGAGAAGCUAAAGUUGGAUUUGUUGGAGAAAGAACUCAAGGCGAAGCGCGAUCAGCUGCAAGAGGAAGCCCGAAAUCUGACAUCUGCACAGCGGCCAUCACAUAUCGUUAGUGAGCAAUCCGCGAUAGCGUCUCUCGAGGCAGAUCUAAUUGCUCAACGCCAGAAAUUGGAAUCCGAUCGUGCAGCGGUUCGCAUUGCUCAAGCCGAAGUGGACCGUUUGCGCGCACGUGUCGAAGCAGAGAAAGCAGCGUUGCUUGAAAUUGAUAAACAGCAGGUUCUUGCCCGGGGUCGAGGUGGGCAUAAGCAGAAGAGAGACGGACUUGACGGUACGAGGCCAAAGGAUUUGGACGUCCGGGGUACCGGAGACGCCGCGCAGGAGGUCGAAGGGAAGUCGAAACCUGCAGAGGAUAUUUCCAUAAUUCAAGAAGACUAUCAACGAAGACUUCGAGAUUUGGCAGAAUCCCUAAAUUCAGAAACUCCCCUUGAUGCUGGGCACGAAAACAACUGGGACCUUUCCCCUGAAUCUGAAAUCUCUGAAGGUGUCACCACACCAGUCAUUGUGGAUGAACCUGAUGAAAGCGAACUUGGCCUAUCUUUGGAUGCUUUGCAAGCUGAUGAUCUGUUCGGUGUUAGAUCACAGAGUCCAAGCACACAGCUCCGAUAUCGUCUCGCUCAAGAAGAACAACAGAUCAAAAAGACAAAGAAAUUCCUGCAGCGUCAGCGUAAAAGCAUCAGCGCACGACAGCAAGAGCUGGAAGCAGCGCGAUCCAAAUGGAAGCAUGAUAUUGAGGAAAUAUCUCUGAAGCUAGCGCAAAAGCAUGACGAUUUUAGCGCUCCUGUUGCAAAAGAAACGAAACGUGAUUUAGUGUCUUAUGAAAUCAAGGAGGGCAAACAGCAGCAACGCAGCGGAACUUUGGACGAAAUUGAAGGGGAGCUUGGAAAGUUACUGGGGCUACUCCGCUCGACGUCCAGCGCGAGGCGCACAAUACCAAGCACACCGUCCUACAGACAUCCACAAUCACCGGAACGUUCGAAUGCCACACUGACAACACCUCUCCACAACUCAUCUGAUGAGAUACGCAGCAGAACAAGUCCUUCCAACCCGGCCAUCAGCCAGCAUCGCAAGAGAGCAUGGGAGGUAGGGCAUACCAGAACUGAAGCUCUACUGGCCGAGCACAACGCCUGGCUCAAAGGAUUCAUGGCCCGUCAUUCAGGCGUUCUAAGUCGGUAACCCCGUCCAUCAUGCCACUUUAUCACCUCUUGCUUGACAUGUGAGACUCCGUGUAAAUGUAUUUAAACUUGUAUACUUGAAUCGACGUGAAUUCAUAGCAUCUGGU